AAGUUGGAGUUUGGUUUUUCCGAGUCCCGCUUGAUGAGGCGUGUUGCAGUACCCCGGUCAGACCGAGGACGGCGCCGUCCACCCAGCGUCCACAGAGGGGACAUUCAAACUGCUGAGACUGGCUGCUGGAGAGACUGGAGACACGGAGCUUUGUGCCGAAACUAAAAACACACACACACAACCUCAUGAAUUAAAACCGCUCAUUGGUGAGAGGCCAGUAGAGGACUGUGUGGAUUAAAACGACGACAAGCAUGGAGUUCCCGCAGCAGCAGAAACCGGCGGGGGACAGCAAGAUCACCUACCCGCCUGGAGUGAAGGAAAUCACGGAGAAGAUAAGCAACGAUGAGGUGGUGAAACGGCUGAAGAUGGUGGUGAAGACCUACAUGGACAUGGACCAGGACAGCGAGGAGGAGAAGCAGCAGUAUCUGAACCUGGCUCUCCAUCUGGCCUCAGAGUUCUUCCUGAGGAACCCCAACAAGGACGUGCGUCUCCUGGUGGCCUGCUGCCUGGCUGACAUCUUCAGGAUCUACGCCCCUGAGGCCCCAUACACCUCACACGACAAGCUGAAGGACAUCUUCCUGUUCAUCACCAGACAGCUGAAAGGACUGGAAGACACCAAGAGCCCACAGUUCAAUAGAUACUUCUACCUGCUGGAGAACCUGGCGUGGGUAAAGUCAUACAACAUCUGCUUUGAGCUGGAGGACUGCAACGACAUCUUCAUCCAGCUCUUCAAGACGCUCUUCUCUGUCAUCAAUAACAGUCACAAUCAGAAGGUCCAGAUGCACAUGUUGGAUCUGAUGAGUUCUAUAAUAAUGGAGGGAGACGGAGUCACACAGGAACUACUGGACACCAUCCUGAUCAACCUGAUACCUGCUCACAAGAACCUGAAUAAGCAGGCGUACGACUUGGCCAAGACUCUGCUGAAGAGGACCGUUCAGACCAUAGAAACAUGUAUCGCAAACUUCUUUAACCAGGUGCUGGUGAUGGGCAAGUCUUCAGUCAGUGAUCUGUCAGAACACGUGUUUGAUCUGAUCCAGGAGCUGUUCUCCAUUGACCCUCUGCUGCUCACGUCCGUCAUGCCCCAGCUAGAGUUUAAACUCAAGAGUAACGACGGAGAAGAACGGCUAGCUGUGGUCAGACUGCUGGCCAAGCUGUUUGGAGCCAAAGACUCAGAACUGGCCACUCAGAACAGACCGCUGUGGCAAUGCUUCCUGGGACGUUUCAAUGACAUCCAUGUCCCAGUGAGGCUCGAGUCGGUCAAGUUCGCUUCUCACUGUCUGAUGAACCAUCCAGACCUGGCCAGAGACCUCACAGAGUUCCUGAAAGUGCGAUCACAUGACCCAGAGGAGGCGAUCCGACACGACGUCAUCGUAACGAUCAUCAACGCCGGGAAGAAAGACCUGAACCUGGUUAACGACCAACUGCUGGGCUUCGUGAGGGAGAGGACCCUGGACAAGAGGUGGAGGGUACGUAAGGAGGCGAUGAUGGGUUUGGCCCAGUUGUUUAAGAAGUACUGUCUCCAUCAUGAGGCUGGGAAGGAACAGGCCCAGAAGAUCUCCUGGAUCAAAGACAAGCUGCUCCACAUCUACUACCAGAACAGCAUCGACGACAAGUUGUUAGUAGAGAAGAUAUUUGCUCAGUACAUGGUUCCUCACAGUCUGGACACUGAGGAGAAGAUGAAAUGUCUUUACUACCUGUAUGCCUGUCUGGAUACCAACGCUGUCAAGGCUCUGAAUGAGAUGUGGAAGUGUCAGAACAUGUUGAGAGGUUUGGUCAGAGAACUGCUGGACCUUCACAAACUACCUGCCUCUGAAGCCAACACCACGGCCAUGUUUGGAAAGCUGAUGACCAUUAGCAAGAACCUCCCUGAUGCUGGUAAGGCCCAGGACUUCAUGAAGCGGUUUAACCAGGUGUUAGGAGAAGACGAGAAGCUCCGAGUCCAGCUGGACACUCUCAUCAGCCCAACCUGCUCCUGUAAACAGGCUGAACUCUGUGUGAGGGAGAUUACUCGUAAACUGACGUUCCCGAAGCAGCCCACCAACCCCUUCCUGGAGAUGGUGAAGUUCCUGUUGGAACGCAUCGCUCCUGUCCACAUCGACUCAGAGGCCAUCAGACUGGAACUACUGAAGGUUCUGUCCUUCACCCACCCCACAGCGUUCCACUCUGCUGAGACAUAUGAGUCUCUGCUUCAGUGUCUGAAGAUGGAGGAUGACAAGGUGGCCGAGGCGGCCAUUCAGAUCUUCAGGAACACCGGACAGAAAAUAGAGACCGAACUACAGCAGAUACGAUCGACCCUGAUCCCAGUCCUUCAUCAGAAGGCUAAACGUGGGACCCCCCACCAGGCCAAACAGGCUGUCCACUGUAUCCACGCCAUCUUCUGUAACAAGGAGGUCCAGCUGGCGCAGAUCUUUGAGCCUCUCUCUCGUAGUCUGAAUGCUGACGUCCCAGAACAGUUGAUAACCCCCCUGGUCAGUCUGGGUCAUAUCUCUCUACUGGCUCCAGAUCAGUUUGCCUCCCCCAUGAAGGCCAUCGUGGCCAACUUCAUCGUCAAGGACCUGCUCAUGAACGACAGGUCUCUAGGAAACAAAAAUGGGAAGCUGUGGACAUCUGACGAAGAAGUUUCUCCUGAGGUGCUGGCUAAGGUCCAGGCCAUUAAGCUGUUGGUGCGUUGGCUCCUCGGUAUGAAGAACAACCAGUCUAAAUCGGCCAACUCCACCCUCCGACUGCUGUCCGCCAUGCUGGUCUCGGAGGGAGACCUCACAGAACAGAAGAAGAUCAGUAAGUCAGACAUGUCUCGUCUGCGUCUGGCAGCAGGAGGAGCCAUCAUGAAGCUGGCCCAGGAGCCGGUUUACCAUGACAUCAUCACACCGGAACAGUUCCAGCUCUGUGGGCUGGUUAUCAACGAUGAGUGUUACCAGGUGCGUCAGAUCUUUGCCCAGAAGUUACACCUGGCUCUGGUCAAGCUGCUCCUCCCGUUAGAGUACCUGGCCGUCUUCUCGCUGUGUGCCAAAGACCCGGUCAAGGAGAGGAGGGCCCACGCCAGACAGUGUCUGCUCAAGAACAUCAGUAUCAGACGGGAAUUCAUCAACAACAACCCCCUGGCCCACGAUAAGAUGAUGUCUCUCCUACCAGAGUAUGUGGUCCCUUAUAUGAUCCACCUGUUGGCUCAUGACCCAGACUUCACCAAGCCACAGGACUUUGAACAGCUCCGAGACCUCAAGGAGUGUCUGUGGUUCAUGCUAGAGGUGUUGAUGGUGCAGAAUGAGAACAACAGUCACGCCUUCCUGAGGAAGAUGGUGGAGAACAUCAAGCAGACCAAAGACGCACAGUGUCCUGACGACCCGAAGGCUAACGAGAAGCUGUACAUCGUGUGUGACGUGGCGUUGUUCGUGAUCGUUAACAAGUCGACCGCCUGUCAUCUGGAGUCUCCUAAAGACCCCGUCCUGCCUUCCAAGUUCUACACUCCUCCUGACAAGCCAAAGCCAUCUCCUGUCUUGUCUACAGUGAAUAAGACUCUGACGGUGCCAGGUAGGAGAGUCUACAACAAGACCACCAGCUCAGACAGCAACACCAGUACCCACUCCCAGCCCAGCUCUCCUGUUACCAAGACCAGGGAUGUUGUGACGGAGUCGUCAGAGGGCGGGGCGAGAGAGAAUGAAGAGAACCCUGUUAUCACCAAGACGGACGACGGGAAGAAGGAGGACACAGUGACCUCUGACCUCACCACAGGUGCGUCAACCAUCCCCAAACCUCGCCGCGGACGCCCCCCCAAGGCCGCACCCUCCCCUCUGGCCAAUGAGAAGGAAGGAGGGGCAGGCAAAGGCAGGAAGAGGGCGGCGCCUGCCCAGGACUCCGCCCCCUCGGGGGAGCCAAACUCCAUCAAGAUCCCUAAAGCUGAGGAUGUGACGCAGAUCCUAGACCUGCAGAGGUGAGGAGAGACAGAUCCUAGACCUGGUGAGGUGAGGAGAGACAGAUCCUAGACCUGGUGAGGUGAGGAGAGACAGAUCCUAGACCUGGUGAGGAGAGACAGAUCCUAGACCUGGUGAGGAGAGACAGAUCCUAGACCUGCAGAGGAGAGACAGAUCCUAGACCUGGUGAGGAGAGACAGAUCCUAGACCUGGUGAGGAGAGACAGAUCCUAGACCUGGUGAGGAGAGACAGAUCCUAGACCUGGUGAGGAGAGACAGAUCCUAGACCUGGUGAGGAGAGACAGAUCCUAGACCUGGUGAGGAGAGGAGAGACAGAUCCUAGACCUGGUGAGGUGAGGAGAGACAGAUCCUAGACCUGGUGAGGUGAGGAGAGACAGAUCCUAGACCUGGUGAGGAGAGACAGAUCCUAGACCUGGUGAGGAGAGACAGAUCCUAGACCUGGUGAGGAGAGACAGAUCCUAGACCUGGUGAGGAGAGACAGAUCCUAGACCUGGUGAGGAGAGACAGAUCCUAGACCUGGUGAGGAGAGACAGAUCCUAGACCUGGUGAGGGGAGACAGAUCCUAGACCUGGUGAGGAGAGGAGAGACAGAUCCUAGACCUGGUGAGGUGAGGAGAGACAGAUCCUAGACCUGGUGAGGAGAGACAGAUCCUAGACCUGGUGAGGAGAGACAGAUCCUAGACCUGCAGAGGUAAACAGCAGACCACUGCAGCCCAGAUCAAGACCCUAAAGAAACUCUCUCUCUCUCUCUGAGUAACUCUCUCUCUCUCUUCAGGCCUCUCUCUCUCUUCAGCUCUCUCUUUCUCUCUCUCUCUUCAUCUCUCUCUCUCUCUCUCUCUCUUCAGGCUCUCUCUCUCUCUCUCUCCCUCUCUCUCUCUCUCUCUCUCUCUCUCUCUCUCUCUCUCUCUCUCUCUCUCUCUCGUAGUCCUGAUCUGAUUCUCCAUUGUAUGUGGGUCUUAAUCUCAAACAUUGUUUUCGUUGCUCUUUAUCUUUUAUCUUUUGUGGAGCAGUUGUUUUGAAAAGAAAUAUUUCCAAACCGUUUUAAUCUGGUUUUGAUGACAAAACAAGUUGUUGCUUAUUAAAUCCCCCCCCAGGAUAUAUUGCCUCUUCCUCCUCGAUCCCCUCCUUCCUGUCUCUCUCUGUCCCCUCCUUCCUGUCUCUCUCUGUCCCCUCCUUCCUGUCUCUCUCUGUCCCCUCCUUCCUGUCUCUCUCUGUCCCCUCCUUCCUGUCUCUCUCUGUCCCCUCCUUCCUGUCUCUCUCUGUCCCCUCCUUCCUGUCUCUCUCUGUCCCCCUCCUUCCUGUCUCUCCCUGUCCCCUCCUUCCUGUCUCUCUCUUACCCCUCCUUCCUGUCUCUCUCUUCCCCUCCUUCCUGUCUCUCCCUGUCCCCUCCUUCCUGUCUCUCCCUGUCCCCUCCUUCCUGUCUCUCUCUGUCCCCUCCUUCCAGUCUCUCUCGGUCCCCUCCUUCCUGUCUCUCUCUGUCCCCUCCUUCCUGUCUCUCUCUGUCCCCUCCUUCCAGUCUCUCUCUGUCCCCUCCUUCCAGUCUCUCUCUGUCCCCUCCUUCCAGUCUCUCUCUGUCCCCUCCUUCCUGUCUCUCUCUGUCCCCUCCUUCCUGUCUCUCUCUGUCCCCUCCUUCCAGUCUCUCUCUGUCCCCUCCUUCCAGUCUCUCCCUGUCCCCUCCUUCCUGUCUCUCCCUGUCCCCUCCUUCCUGUCUCUCUCUGUCCCCUCCUUCCUGUCUCUCUCUGUCCCCUCCUUCCAGUCUCUCUCUGUCCUCUCCUUCCUGUCUCUCUCUGUCCCCUCCUUCCUGUCUCUCUCUGUCCUCUCCUUCCUGUCUCAAUCGCCCUGUCUCUCUAUCAUCAGUGUGUUUAUUUUAUAUAGUUUAAAACUUGGCUGUUAUGUACUUAAGCCAUAUAUAUAUACACUGUAUGUUUGGCUGUCUGAUAAACACACACACAGUUCUUUCUCACACUUGUUUGAGGAGGGAAGGGAGGAAGGGAAGGAGAGAAGGAAUUUGGGCACUCUUCAGAGAGAGCGAUGUACAAGCAGGGGAUAACUGAUGAAGAGACAAACAUGACUUGUUAUUUUCCAUUCGUUAUCUUUUUAGCAGUCAAAACAUUGAGAACUUUGAAAUUAAAAUUUGUAUUGAAAUUUAA